AUGGACUGGGAAGGGUUUUUGGCACUCUUUUACAAUAAGUACUUUCCUACUACUCUGAAGGAGGAAUUACAAGUGGAGUUCCUAACUAUGAGGGAGUAUGAGGCACGAUUCGCUGAGUUGUCUCGUUUUGCUGACUCUCUGAGUGAGUUGCAACAAACCCAGAAGUUUCAAAAGGAUUUAAAUGUUUAUGUCAAAAAGAUGGUGAUUGGUUUCCACCAUACGAAAUUUGUUGAUGUGGUGGAGUGUGCAACGUCUAUUGAAGCAAACACAAAGUAG